GACAACCUUGUGAAAUUGGAUAUUGGACGGUGGCAAACCUGCCCUUGUAACCUUGAGCAAACACUGGUGUUCGCGAUCAUUCCUUCACAACCUGUUCCCAGUGUUUAUCAACAUGGCGAAGUGGGGAGAAUGUGAUCCAAGGUGGAUUGUUGAAGAAAGAGCAGAUGCAAAGAAUGUCAACAAUUGGCACUGGUGUGAUAAAGAUGCAACGAACUGGUCAAUAAAAACAAUAAAACAGCUGUUGCAAGGUUCUAAGAUUGAAGAUGAUUUAUAUGAUUGCAAAUUCACUGAAGUGUCUAAGUGUGAAGGAGAGGCUAAUGUUCAUGUGCGAAAGGGAAAGUUAAUAUAUUUUUACGAGUGGCAGAUUGUGGUUGAUUGGGAAGGAAUGGUGAAAUGUUCUGAAAACAAAACAAACUUUAAAGGGAAAAUAGAAGUUUUGAAUCUGAGUGACGAGUACACUGUGGAUGAACUCGAAACUAAUACUACCUGGACUUCUUCCAGCACUGAUGGUGAUCUAGUCGGGAAUUUUAUGAGGUCAACUGGUGUUAACUUUAUCAAGUCCAAUUUAAAGGAAUAUCUCAGACUACUUAAAGAAGAAUAUGCUCAGGAUCUCAUCCUGCCUACAAAGAAUGAUGCUAACGCGAAGCUUGUUGGUACGGCUGUAAACAAAACAACCAACAAAACUGUCCAUACUGCCGAUGGAGUUAAAGAACCUAGAGACCUGUCAGGCAGAGAUAUCUCAAUCACAGAUGAGUUCUUUUGCACUCCGGAUGAUCUUUACCGAGUUUUCACUACUAAAGAGUUGGUUCAAGCUUUUACAAGGUCUGAGGCCACUGUUAAUCCAGUUGUUGGUGGAGAAUAUUCCGUCUUCGGCGGAAAUAUUACCGGAAUCUUUGGUAUGCUAGUUGCUGGUAAAACAAUUCAGAUGAAGUGGCGUAAACGCGAAUGGCCCGAAAAUCAUUACAGUUCACUGACUUUGGAAAUGAGUGCUUUCGAAGGUGGGACGCGCCUACUUUUAACACAAACAAAUGUUCCUGCUUAUGACUUAGAAAAUACUCGCAACGGAUGGUUUACUAUAUUCCUUUCUGCAUUAAAACAAACGUACGGAUAUGGUGGGCGUAUGUUUUAAGAUCUUUACCGAAGUGGUUUAUUUUGCCAGUACGGUAAAAGCUUCAAAAAUGGGACAUCUACUGUAUAUUUCCAUGAUGGUCUGCAUUGUUACGUUAUGAAUGGUUACCAACUUAAUAUAAUAUUUUGUGAUAUUUUCGCUUUUAUCUUUAUGGAAAAAUGCAACAAACUGUCGUUUGUGAAGCAUAAUUACUAAACCCCUUUCGAGCAUAUCGUGUUUUCGAAGUCAGUAGUACACGUGAAUCAGACCCCUAGACGAUUUUUUUAUGAAGGUAAAGCAUCAGAACUUCAGAUUCACAAGAACCGUUUUGUGUGAAUAUUUUAUCAUAUGACUUCAGUUCCACAUUAAAUAAAUGAAGUUUCAAGCAACUGAAGUUCUUAUACAUAAAUGGCAAAAC